UGUUGUGGUUCUCACAGGGCUAGCUUACCGGUGGUGCGAAGAUGGCGACGUACGGUAGCUCUCCGCUGCUGCUACUGCUGUCAUCAUACGUAUGUCUCUGUGGCUUCGGCUCCGCCUUCGGCCUCAAGGCAGCCAGCGGUCCCGCCGAGCCUCCAAACAACCCGGUCGUCCUCAGAGCCGUUGAACCACAAGCUAAGGAUGCACCUGCCGCCGCCGCGGGGGCCUCGAAGCCUAGAAGGGCGACCGGUUGGAAGCUGUCCGAGGAGGAGGCCUGCAGAGAGGACUUGACCCGGCUCUGCCCCAAACACACUUGGGCCAAUAACCUGUCCGUGCUGGAGUGUCUACAGGACCGCAGAGAGGAAACUGAAAUGGCUCCUGACUGCAACCAUCUCCUGUGGAACUACAAAUUGAAUCUGACCACAGAUCCAAAGUUUGAGUCGGUGGCCAUAGAGGUUUGCAAGAGCACUAUCACUGAGAUUAAGGAGUGUAAUGAGGAGGAACGUGGGAGGGGCUACCUCGUAUCUUGUCUGGUCGAUCACCGUGGCAACAUCAGCGAGUAUCAGUGCAGCCAGUACAUCACCAAAAUGACAAGCAUUAUCUUCAGUGACUACCGCCUCAUCUGUGGCUUUAUGGACAAAUGUAAAGAAGACAUUAACAAUUUACGCUGCGGGAGCAUCAACAUAGGACACAAGGACAUCCACAGCCAAGGGGAAGUUAUCGCUUGUCUGGAAAAAGCACUUGUGAAGGAGGCAGAGCAACAAGGCCAAGUUCGUCCAAUCAAAGAGGAGUGUCAGCAUGCUAUCCUGCGAGUUGCAGAACUGUCAUCAGAUGACUUCCACCUUGAUCGACAUCUCUACUUUUCCUGUCGAGACGACCGCGAGAGAUUCUGCCAAAAUACUCAGGCAGGAGAGGGAAAAGUCUACAAGUGCCUGUUCAACCACAAGUUUGAAGAGGCCAUGUCAGAAAAGUGCAGAGACGCUCUGACAACACGGCAGAAGCUGAUCUCUCAGGACUACAGGGUCAGUUACUCUCUGGCUAAAGCCUGUAAGCUGGACCUGAGGAAGCACCGCUGCAGCCUCGAUACCAACAUGCCACGUGCCCGCGAGGCCCGUCUCUCAUACCUGCUCCUGUGUCUUGAGGCCGCUGUGCACCGAGGUCGCCCGGUCACUGGCGAGUGUCAAGGUGAAAUGUUGGACUAUCGGCGGAUGCUGAUGGAGGACUUCUCUCUCAGUCCAGAGAUCGUACUGCACUGCCGGGCUGAGAUUGAGACUCACUGCUCCGGCCUUCACCGCAAAGGCCGCACUCUGCAUUGCCUGAUGAGGAUGGGCCGUGGAGACCGUAGCGCCUCAGUUGACGGUGUUUGCCAGAGUGCUCUUCAGACACUGAUCCAGUCAGCCGACCCUGGUGCUGAUUACAGGAUCGACAGAGCACUCAAUGAGGCCUGCGAGUCCGUCAUCCAGACAGCUUGCAAACAUAUCCGAAAUGGAGACCCAAUGAUCUUGUCUUGUCUGAUGGAGCAUCUGUACACAGAAAAGAUGGUGGAGGACUGUGAGCAUCGACUGUUGGAGCUCCAGUAUUUCAUAUCAAGGGACUGGAAAUUGGACCCUAUAUUGUACAAGAAAUGCCAAGGCGAUGCUGCCCGACUAUGCCACACACAUGGCUGGAAUGAAACCAGUGAGCUGAUGCCACCAGGCGCUGUCUUCUCCUGCCUGUACCGCCAUGCCUAUCGCACUGAGGACCAGGGCCGCCGGUUAUCUCGAGACUGUAAAGUGGAGGUUCAGCGAAUUCUACACCAGAGGGCGCUGGAUGUGAAACUGGACCCUGAACUGCAGAAGCGAUGCAUGACGGAUCUUGGCAAGUGGUGCAGCGAGAAGACCGACACUGGACAGGAGCUUGAGUGUCUGCAGGAACAUUUGGAAGACCUGGUGUCUGCCUGCAGGGAUGUCAUGGGCAACCUGACCGAGUUGGAGUCAGAGGAUGUCCAAAUAGAUGCACUGCUGAUCAGAGCUUGCGAGCCCAUGAUCCAGUCCCACUGCCACGACUUGGCCGACAACCAAAUCGACACCGGUGACCUCAUGGAAUGUUUGGUUCAGAACAAACACCAAAAGGAGAUGAAUGAAAAGUGUUCUGUUGGCGUCACACACUUCCAGCUGAUUCAGAUGAAGGAUUUCCGCUUCUCUUACAAGUUCAAGAUGGCUUGUAAAGAAGAUGUGCUUCGAUUAUGUCCAAACAUCAAAAAGAAAGUGGACGUGGUCAUCUGCCUCAGCACCACUGUGAGGAAUGACACGCUGCAGGAGGCCAAAGAGCAGCGGGUCUCCCUGAAAUGCCGCAAACAGCUGCGUGUGGAGGAGCUCGAAAUGUCAGAGGAUAUCAGGUUGCAACCAGAGCUGUAUGAUCCUUGCAAGUCCGACAUCAGUCGCCUGUGUCACAACGUGGCCUUUGGCAAUGCUCAGAUAAUUGAGUGUCUGAAGGAGCAGAAGAAGCAGCUCAGCCAGCGCUGCCACCAGCGGAUCUUCAAGCUGCAGGAGGCCGAGAUGACCGACCCGGAGCUAGACUAUCAGCUUAUGAGAGUCUGCAAGCAGAUGAUCAAAAGAUUCUGCACUGAAGCCGACGCCAGAAAUGUUCUGCAGUGUCUGAAGCAGAACAAGAACAGUGAGCUGAUGGAUCCAAAGUGUAAACAGAUGAUCACCAAGAGACAGAUCACGCAGAACACAGACUACCGGUUGAACCCAGUGUUAAGGAAAGCGUGCCGAGCUGACAUUCCCAAAUUCUGCCAAUCCAUCCUGAACAAGGCGAGCGAGGACAGCGAGUUGGAGGGUCAGGUGAUCGCCUGCCUCAAGCUCAAAUAUGCCGAUCAGAGAUUGUCUCCAGACUGUGAAGACCAGAUCCGAGUUAUUCUCCAGGAGUCGGCGCUGGACUACAGACUGGACCCGCAGCUGCAGAUGCACUGCUCGGAUGAGAUCUCCCGGCUUUGUGCGGAGGAGGCCGCUGCUCAGGAGCAGACCGGCCAGGUAGAGGAGUGUCUGAAAGUCAACCUGCUCAAGAUCAAACAGGAGGCCUGCAAUAAGGAGGUUUUUAACAUGCUCAAGCAGAGUAAAGCAGACAUCUUUGUGGACCCGGUCCUCCACACAGCCUGCGCCUUGGACCUCAAACAUCACUGUGCCGCUAUCCCGCCUGGAAGAGGAAGACAGAUGUCAUGUUUGAUGGACGCACUGCAGGACAAGCGAGUUCGCCUGCAGCCCGAGUGUAAGAAAAGACUUCAGGAUCGCAUCGACAUGUGGAGCUACGCGGCGAAGGUGGCACCAGCAGAGGGCUUAUCAGAUCUGGCAGUGCAGGUGAUGACCUCGCCCUCGAAGAACUACAUCCUGCUCAUGAUCGCACUGAGCCUGUGUGUCCUCUUCCUGUUGGGGCUGCUGUGCGGUCGAAUCACCAAGCGCGUGAUCAGAGAACUGAAGGACCGGUAGAAGCCAGAGAAGUUCCGUAACCUGCUUCACCCCUUCGUCCUUGUCCUCUUCCACCUCAGUCUGCCACCAACCAACACGCCCAGUGCCAACACCAUUGCAACACACGUGGUCCUCCUCUUUUCAAGCUUCGCUGUAAUAUUGCCCAACAGAGAAUUUCCAGCCAAAUCAAAGCUUUUUUUUUUUCCCCCCCAGCAGUGUUACUCCUAAAUUCCUUCUUACACCCCGAACCUUUUCUUGUCUUUUUGAGUUGGACAUGGUAUGAAUCAGUAUUUAAAAAAAAAAAAAAAAAGGAAAAAUAAGCACUUCUUGUGGCGUGACUGAGGACCGCUGAGGUUCGAACUCUUUCUUAGUUUUUGGUCAUGUUUAAAGAACACUGGAGCAUGCAGCGCCUCAUUUCCUUUGAAGAGACGUCAAAUAGCAGCUUGAGAUGUCGAGGCAAAAUUGGAGACAUUUUGCUCUCGCUUUGAACCAAUUUCGGGUGAUCCGUCCUCUUUGCUUGUGUACAGGAUCUGCUUUGGCUCGCCACAUGAGGCUAACGCUCACAAAGAUCAAACUGCUCAUUGUGAUCAUGCCAAUUAAUAUGGUGUUUUGUUUCAAUGCCUUUUUUUGUAUUGUUGAUUGUUUUCAAUGAGAGGGUGUGCAGAUAGGGGUUUGCUGUAUUUCAUGUCGACUGUAUUUAAUAUCUGAUCAGUGGAGUGGAAGCCAAAAUUGUUUGGGGGUGUCGAGACUCGUUUCCACAUAGUUUCCUGCCUUCAAAUCCCAUCACUCAUCACAACGCAGACAACAAAAGGCAUCCUGCUUUUACCACAUCUGUCAGCAUUGCUUUAUGGAAAAUUUGAUGACACAAUUCUUAUUUUUCAGCAGAAUUAUGACACAAUUGCAUUUUAUACACACACACCAAACUUGUAACAUUGACUCCCUGAUGAGGAAAAACAAUCGUUAAUUAUUUAAUAAUGCCUCGUCGCGAUUAGCCUCUAUCUAACAUGAGCUUGCCGUUCAAGAGCAACAUCUUCUCCUCAGCUGCUUUCACGGAAAGCUGUUUCAGCAUUUAUGUCGAUAACCAGCUCACGUUUUUAUUCUGAUUUGAGCACUUUCAAUAAAUUCAUCGGAGCAUUUAUUCAAUAA